AUGAUGGAGCUUGAGCCUUGCGACACAGAUGGGCUCUGUGACUUAAAGAAAAGAGAAGCAGUAGAGCCACCGGGUAACAAAUGCAGGGCUGCAGAUGGAGCUCGUAGCAUUCCCUUACCCCGGGCUCGACGGCUGCGACGCCGCAAGAGGAGAGCAGGGGGCAGAGCAGGGCAGCCGCGGAACCGCCGCGCCGGGGAGCGGCGAAAGCCCAGCGGCCGGGCCAUCAGCGGCUCCCUGAUGGUGUCCCCUCCUCCAGCGCUGGCCUGGGGCCGCCCCGCGGCGGGGAGAGCGCGGCUGCACCGAGGGCACAGGGAACCCCGGUUCUGCCCUCAGGCCGCCCCUCGGCAGGGAGAGCGGGGCUCCAACGAGGGCACAGGGAACCCCGGCUCUGCCCCGGGGCCGCCCCUCGGCGGGGAGCGGGGCUCCGGCCCAGGGAACCCCGGCUCUGCCCCGGGGCCGCCCCUCGGCGGGGAGAGCGGGGCUCCACCGAGGGCACAGGGAACCCCGGCUCUGCCCUCAGGCCGCCCCUCGGCGGGGAGAGCGGGGCUUCACCGAGGGCACAGGGAACCCCGGCUCUGCCCUCAGGCCGCCCCUAGGCAGGGAGAGCGGGGCUUCACCGAGGGCACAGGGAACCCCGGCUCUGCCCUCAGGCCGCCCCUAGGCAGGGAGAGCGGGGCUCCACUGAGCGCGCAGGGAACUCCGGCUCUGCCCGCGGCUCUCCGGGGGCUCCGCGGCCCCGCCGCGCCAAGCGCGGUGCUCUGGCGCCGCCCCGUGGGCAGAGGCCGAGCGGCAGGCGCAGCCCCGGAGCGGCCCGCGGGAGCUCCGCGCCCUCGCUCCGAGGAGCCCUGA